AUGGAGGCAGCGUCUUCCUGGUGGAUAAACAGUGACAGCUACAGGGCAGCCACCUACAGACUCACGCUGCCAAACAGCACCAAAAUGGCUUCAGACAGUACACACACCGCGCAGUUGACUUCUGAACUGUACUUCCUAAUAGCCCGGUUUCUAGAAGCUGGACCGUGUCAAAAAGCAGCCCAGACCCUGAUAAGGGAAGUGGAGGAGAAGGAGCUGCUGCCCAAGAGGCUGGACUGGACGGGGCAGGAGCACCCAGGGACGUACACAAAUUUGGUGAAGCUCUACAGGCACAUCGCUCCCGGCCACCUGCUGCAGGUAUGCUCCCGAGUUUGUCCGCUGCUGGAGAGGGAGGUUCCCGCCAGCAUGCCUGGACUUACCAGCCUUCUGGGGGCCGGCAGGCAGAAUCUCCUCCGCACCAGCAAGAGUUGCAAACACGUCGUGUGGAAGGGUUCAGCGCUAGCUGCGCUGCACUGCGGACGACCCCCAGAGCCACCUAUUAUUUACGGGAGCCCACCUAAUAUUGUGGAGACGUAUUACAGCCGUCGACUGAACGGCUCCUACCGGCUCCGGCAGCUGGUGCCCACAGCCGUGUACCAGCACAUGAAAAUGCACAAGAGGAUUCUGGGACAUCUGUCGUCUGUGUACUGCGUAACCUUUGACCGGACAGGGCGACGCAUCUUCACGGGCUCAGACGACUGCCUGGUAAAGAUUUGGGGAACAGACGAUGGGCGUCUGCUGGCGACCCUGCGCGGCCACGCUGCCGAGAUUUCGGACAUGGCUGUCAGCUACGAAAACACCAUGAUCGCCACCGGCUCCUGCGACAAGACCAUCAGAGUGUGGUGCUUACAAACUUGCGCCCCCUUGGCAGUCCUGGAGGGACACGCAGCCUCCAUCACCUCACUGCAGUUUUCGCCUCUCUGUAGCAGCUCCAGGCGCUACCUGUCCUCCACCGGAGCUGAUGGCACCAUCUGCUUCUGGCAGUGGGAUGCCCGCACUCUCAAGUUCAGCCAGCGGCCCAGUAAAUUCACCGAGCGCUCCAGACCUGGCGUCCAAAUGAUCUGCUCCUCCUUCAGCGCAGGUGGGAUGUUCCUCGCCACAGGAAGCACUGAUCACAUCAUCAGGGUCUACUACUUUGGGUCAGGUCAACCAGAGAAGAUCUCUGAACUCGAGUCCCACACAGACAAAGUUGACAGCAUCCAAUUUUCACAUUGCAGUGACAGGUUUGUGAGCGGCAGCAGAGAUGGGACAGCUCGGAUCUGGCAGCUGCAGCCUCAGGGCUGGAAGAGCAUUCUGCUGGACAUGCAGACCAAAUUACCUGGGAAGUACAACCCCCCUCCACUGGAAGACAAGGUGACUAAGCUGAAGGUUACCAUGGUUGCGUGGGAUCGCCAUGACAGCUCAGUGAUCACAGCAGCCAAUAAUCUGACGCUGAAGGUGUGGAACUCCAUCACCGGGAACUUGGUUCAUGUCCUGAUGGGUCACGAGGAUGAAGUGUUCGUCCUGGAGCCACAUCCGUUUGAUCCAAGAAUUCUUUUCUCUGCCGGGCAUGAUGGGAAUUGCAUUGUGUGGGACCUGGACGGAGGAGUCAAGAUCCGCUCUUAUUUUAACAUGAUUGAGGGUCAAGGACACGGAGCGUUGUUUGACUGUAAAUGUAGUCCUGAUGGGCAGCACUUCGCAGCCACUGAUUCCCACGGUCACCUGCUCAUCUUUGGCUUUGGUUCCAGCAGCAAGUAUGACAAGAUAGCAGACCAGAUGUUCUUUCACACUGACUACCGGCCACUGAUCCGGGAUGCUAAUAAUUACGUGCUGGAUGAGCAGACUCAGCAGGCGCCACAUCUAAUGCCCCCUCCCUUCCUGGUGGACGUGGACGGGAACCCUCACCCCCCCAGAUACCAGCGUCUGGUUCCUGGCAGGGAGGGCUGCAGGAAUGAGCAACUGAUUCCUCAGAUGGGGGUCACCUCCUCAGGCCUGAACCAGGUGGUGAGUGAGCAGGCGGUGGACGGUCCGAGUCCUCUGGACACCAUGAUUCAGAGGCUGCAGCAGGAACAGGACCAAAGGCUUGGAACGAAUGAUGCCUCUGCUGCUGCAGCUGCUGCAAUAAACACCAGGUCCAGCAGAGGAUCUGUGGGUUCUCCCACCGAGGUGCACUCUCCCCCUAAUGUUGGUCUGCGACGCAGCGGGCAGAUUGAAGGUGUCCGGCAGAUGCACAGUAACGCCCCCCGCAGCCAGAUGGCCACCGAAGGAGACCUGGUGGCCUGGAGCCGCAGGGUGCUCGUUCCUGAGCUGGAGGAGGCCUUUAUCAGGAGACAGGUGAACUGGCGUGAAGCUAAAGGAGAGGAGGAGAUCAACAUAUAUCAGUCAGAAAGAAGGAGGCGUACACUCCACUCACUUCCCAAGGAGAGCAGGGUUCACCCACCGUCGGAGAGCGUGGUCGAUGAGGGGAGGAAGAGUCAAGGAAACCACGGCUACCAAACUCGAGCUGCAGUGGAGGAGACUAGCCGUCAGAGCGCCGAAGCUGCUGAUGACGAUGAUAGUUCCUCAGAGGUUGAAGGAGAGGUGGAGGUGCGGCAAAUCAACGGAUACUCAGAGGAAGAAAAAGACGAGGAGGAAAAGGAGCCCUGGCCAGAUGACCACAGCAGUUCAAGUGAUUACUCCAGCGAUUACUCUGACUGGACAGCAGAUGCAGGGAUCAACCUGGAACCGCCCAAAAAGAGCGUAAAAGUGAAAAAGAAAAGCAGCAGCUCUGAGGAGGAUGGAGAGAAGAAGAGGGAAGGGAAGAAAGAGAAGAAGAAAGACAAGCCUGACAAAGAUGGCUCAUUACCAAAGAAGAUAACGCCAAAGGAGAAGAGGAAGAGGACUGAGUUUCAGGAGCAGGGGCUGACUCUGGAGGAAUGGCUUCCGUCUGCCUGGAUCACAGACACAGUUCCUCGGAGAUGUCCAUACAUACCUCAGAUGGGAGACGAGGUGUACUACUUCCGGCAGGGUCAUGAAGCUUAUGUGGAGAUGGCCAAACAAAAAAAGAUUUUCAGCAUCAAUCCUAAGAAACAGCCCUGGCACAAGAUGGAGCUACGGGAGCAAGAGUUGAUGAAGAUUGUCGGCAUCAAAUAUGAGGUUGGUUUGCCCACACUGUGCUGCCUGAAACUGGCCUUUUUGGACCCAGACACCGGGAAGCUGACAGGCGGCUCCUUCUCUAUGAAGUACCACGACAUGCCUGAUGUUAUCGACUUCUUGGUGUUACGGCAACAGUUUGACAACGCCCGAAAGAGGCAGUGGAGUAUCGGUGACAGGUUUCGGUCAGUGAUUGAUGAUGCCUGGUGGUUUGGGACCAUUGAAAGCCAGGAGCCCUACCAGUCCCAGUAUUCUGACAGCUUGUUCCAGUGCUACAACGUCUGCUGGGAUAAUGGAGACACAGAGAAGAUGAGUCCUUGGGACAUGGAGCUCAUCCCAGAUGAUGCCACGUUUCCCGAUGAGUUGGGCACAAGCGUCCCGCUGACAGAGGAGGAGCAGAAACAGCUGCUGUACGUUCCCCAGGACGGAGAGUGGGGCUGCCGCACACGUGCAGAGGAGUGCGAGCGCAUCAUGAAGGCCAUCGACCAGCUCUGCACGCUCGAUGUGGCGGCACCAUUUGCCUUCCCGGUAGAUUUACAAGCGUACCCGACAUACUGCACUGUGGUGGCCUACGUCACCGACCUCAGCACCAUACGCCAAAGGCUGGUGAAUCACUUCUACAGACGACUGUCCUCUUUGAUGUGGGAGGUGCGGUACAUCGAACACAACGCCCAGACGUUCAACGAGCCAGGAUCGUUCAUCGUCACCACCGCCAAGUUCAACUCGGACCUCAUGCUGGCGUUCAUUAAGGACCAAGGUCUGACGGACCUCAUGCCUCUCUACAGAACUAUGAAGAAGGCCACUUUCUCAGACUCUGAAGACGAGGACGAUGAGGAAGAGGAUGAAGAUAUUAAUACUCCUGGAACAUCAACACAGAACCAUAAGGGCCGUCAACCCAUGAAACGCCAGCUGAGAAAUCGCCCUCAUUCAUACGAUCCUCAUGCGUGGAAGGGACGUUGUAAAGAGCUGCUGGACCUCAUCUUUCAGUGUGAAGACUCUGAGCCCUUCAGAGAACCUGUGGACCUGCAGGAGUACCCGGACUACCUGCAAAUCGUUGACUCUCCGAUGGACUUCGGCACGGUUCUAAAGAAGCUGACUGAAGGGAAAUACCAGUCUCCUAUUGAGCUCUGCAAAGACAUCCGGCUCAUUUUUAGCAAUUCCAAAGCUUACACCCCCAGUAAGAAGUCGCGGAUCUACAGUAUGAGUCUGAGGCUUUCUGCUCUGUUCGAGGAGCACAUCAGCUCCAUCCUGUCGGACUACAAAGCCAUCCACGGCUUGACAGAUAAACUGACCAGACGAGGCACGGACAGACAGACACGACACACUACAGACAGACAGACACGACACACGAUGAAGAGGAGGAGGAGCGAAUCUCCCAUAAGCAGCAACGCAUCUAGCCCAGAGAGAAAAAGACGUGUGUCGUCCCGGGUGGUGGCAAAGAGGGAGCCAUCACCACCUCCUGCUCGACCACCUUCUCUAAGGCAGAGCGUCCCCCUGAAACAACCACCUCAGCUGGUCAACGGUAAAGUGGAAACCCAAACUCCAGGACGAACACGCAGCGCUGCACGCCACACCAGGCACUCCUCUCCCUCCUCAAAUAAUGUUACCAACAACACACCAAACCCAGGAGAAACCUCUCGCUCGUUACGGGCUCAUAGUUCUGUUCGAGCUUCAACGCCACCAGCUCCUGAGAAGGUGACACCCCCCCAGCCAACAGAGAGCAGCUGUGGAAGCACUCGUCGGAAACUCAGGACGCCUGUGCGACACUCGCCUGCGUCUCCUGCCAGCCCUUCACCUCCGAGCACGGUCCAUCUGAACGGCCAUAGUCAUGUGAGCCUUGGCCUGGGAAGAAAGGGGAGGAAGUCCAGAACUGAAUCACCGGUGAGCCCGCCAGAAGCCCCAACUCCAGCUAGCCCUUCCAGACCGCGAGGUCGGCCGCCUGGCAAGAAGAGAGGCAGAAAGAGCAAGCAGGAGCUGGAGGAGAUGAGACGGAGCAGCGCCCGCAGGAGCUCCACUGAAGACGAGCACGGCCACUCCACGAGCGACGAGGGCGGCGCGUCGUCUGCGCAGGACCUUUCAGUGCUCUCAGACUCCGGGACAGUGCCGGUGCCUAGACGACGAGGACGGCCCCGGCUGGUAAAAGCCGAGGAAUCGGCUCCUCCUGCCGAGUCACCCGAGCCCUCGCCACUGAGGAGGAGCAGCAGGAGAGCCAACGAGGAACUCCCGCCCAGUCCUCAAAACGCCUCCCUGAGAUCAAGUCGAAAGGAGUCUCCGAAGACCGAAGCAGGGGAGGCGGCGCUAGUUUCCAUGCGCACGCGCAACCAAGGGCGUCGGUCAGCCUGGUACAUGGAGGAGGACUCUGAGGAGGAGCAGAGGCAGUUGCUGUUUGAGGACUCGUCAAUCACGUUUGGCACCUCCUCAAAGGGUCGCGUCCGCAAACUGACAGAAAAGGCCAAAGCCAACCUUAUAGGCUGGUAGAGAGCAGGCGCGCGAGCGUGAGGGCUCACUGACGCUUCGGAGGAGGUUAAGGCUCUCUGUCGAAGUUUUUCUGU